UCCGCCUCAGCCUCCCAAAGUGCUGGGAUCACAGGCAUGAGCCACCAUGGCCGGCCCCCGUGUUUCCUUUCUGUGUGGCAUAUGCUCACCUAUAACGCACGGGGUCCUGGUUCUCCCCCCAGGGCGCUGGCUCUCAACUGCUUUGCUCCCAUCAAUGACCAAGAGGGGGCCGAGGCCAAGGACUGGCGGUCGGGGAAGCCAGUCAGGGUGGUGCGCAACGUCAAGGGCGGCAAGCACAGCAAGUACGCCCCCGCCGAGGGCAACCGCUACGACGGCAUCUACAAGGUGGUAAAGUACUGGCCGGAGAAGGGGAAGUCCGGGUUCCUCGUGUGGCGCUAUCUCCUGCGAAGGGACGAUGACGAGCCCGGCCCUUGGACGAAGGAGGGGAAGGACCGGAUCAAGAAGCUGGGGCUGACCAUGCAGGUGCGUCCGGGAUGGGGGUUGGCCCCUGGGGAGGCCAAGGUGGAUGGAUCACUUAAGGUCAGGAGUUCAAGACCAGCCGGGCCAUUGUGGUGA